GCCUCACACACAUCACGGAGUCAGGACUCAACUCAGCAUAUGGUGAAUAUGUGGAAGUUUCUGGUCUUCAUCGCGGCUGUGGUCGUCUGGCCGGACUGGUCAGUAGGCCAAGAAUACUUGACCACGGUCGGCAGCUGGAAUUUUUACAAAGUUCAGGCUUCUGGACCCAUGUUUAAUGACAACGUCAAGGUCACUUGCGAGUCGAUGGGAAUGAGAUAUCCGUGCUACACCUCAGGUAGUGCUAGGUGUGCCUUCCGCUGGACCUCAGACUGCAUCACGUACGACCACGCCGGUGUCGAAUGUAUUACCCUCAGAGUCCUCUCGGCAAACCUGUGUGGAACUACGGACGGGUACGGCAGUUACUGCCAGCCCCUUGAUGAUACCUUUGUGUACUGCCCUGACUACUGGAGUGAUGGCAGCGCCUGGGGAGUGGACUACGAGACUCACACCUUCAACCUGCAUGGAGCGGACUACAACAACAUGUACGCCCUGUGUGCGGAUUGGGAUGAGUGCAGCAGCGCCCCCUGUCAGAACCAGGCGACAUGCCAGGACCAGAUUAACGGGUUCACCUGUCAGUGUGCGCCCGGGUAUGCUGGAACUCUCUGUGAAACAGAUAUCGAUGACUGCAUCGGCGUCACCUGUCAGAAUGGAGCAGUAUGCCAUGAUGAGUUUAACAGCAUCACCUGUCAGUGUGUGCCUGGGUAUACUGGAACUCUGUGUGAAACAGAAAUAGACGAGUGCGGCAGCGCCCCCUGUCAGAAUGGAGCAGUAUGUCAGGACGGGUUGAACAGCUUCACCUGUCAGUGUGUGCCUGGGUAUACUGGAACUCUCUGUGAAACUGAUAUUGACGAGUGUGCGAGCAGUCCGUGUUUAGGAGGCGGAACCUGUGUGGAUCACGUGAACGGCUACAGCUGUGUCUGUCCUAAAGGUCACGUGGGAGACAAGUGUGAAACGGUUCAAUACGCUGGCGGCUGCCUGCUGUUCUCCUCCGAUGCCGUGUCCUAUCCCGAAGCGAGCCAGGAGUGCCAGACCAGGGGAGGGCACCUGGUGGAUGUGAAGGAGGCCGAGCUGCAGCGGCUCAUCGCUGAUACCAUCCCUACCGGAAGUGACGUGUCCCCUUGGAUCGGACUUAAGAUGACCCCUGGAGUGAUGACCUAUGCUGACGGGACCAGUGUAUCCGACCAGCUACAGUGGUUGGGUAGUGGGCCUCCUACCUCCUGUGACCUGUGUACUUACCUGGACGGCACGAGCGGAUAUCUGGCCACAACCGCGCCGUGCGCAGAACGACAUCAGUACGUGUGCAAGUCUGACCCGAAGCCCUGUCAGCGGAACAUCUGCUACAACAACGGCGUCUGUUCGACCUGCUUUAACGACUCCUACAGCGUCUGUUCCUGCCAGGCCGGAUAUGAAGGGGACCUCUGCAAUAUCGAUAUUGACGAGUGCGCCUCCAAUCCUUGUCAAAACGGCGGAACCUGUCUGCACGGUGUGAACUCCUACAGCUGCCACUGCCAGGUCGGGUACGGAGGAGAAAACUGCCAGCACGUUGAGGACUGCCUGUCCUCCCCAUGUGUACACGGAACCUGUACUGACGGCUUGGCGAGUUACACCUGUAGCUGUGAGAACGGCUGGACAGGGAACAACUGUAAUCAAGAAAUCGACGAGUGUGCGAGCAAUCCUUGCUGGCUGGGAGGGACCUGCCUGGAUCACGUGAACGGCUACAGCUGUGUCUGUCCUAAGGACAAGGCAGGAAAGCACUGUGAAACAGUGACCUUUGCCGGAGAAUGCUACCAGUUCUCGUCUUCCGCUCUUACCCAUCAGGAAGCAACACUGGCCUGCAGUACCAAUGGCGGCCGCAUGGUGGAUCUAAAAGACGAACAGCAGCAGCUUUUCCUCGCUGACCAGAUCGCGGGAACUACAGGAGCUUCCAACUGGUUGGCGAUGAAGGCCGCCCCACUGGCGUUCAUGUACAGCGACGGGUCAGCUAUAUCAGGUCCCCUGCAGUGGUCUACGAGUGCUCUUACCAACCCAUGCGACCUGUGUGUCCUCAUGGACAGCUCCGACAACUAUCUGGCUAACGUAGCCCCGUGCACGGAGCAGCACAACUACGUCUGUCAGGACGCACUGAAACCAUGCGAGCAAAACGUGUGUCAGAACGGCGGAAACUGCACCUCCUGCUUCAACGGGUCUGCCGCCUUCUGCCGGUGUCCUGAUGGGUUCGAGGGCAAAGUUUGCGAAAUCAACAUCGACGAGUGCCUCUCCAAUCCGUGCCAAAAUGGCGGAACCUGUCAGGACGGCGUCAACUCCUACAGCUGCCGCUGUCCAACCGGGUUCCUCGGGGACCACUGCGAGUUUGACAUGGACUGGUGUUCCCAAGCACAAUGCCCGCUUGGCUGGACCUGUCAGGACUUCAAUUUCUACUUUUUGUGCCUCCAUCCUACACCCAUUACCCGGGAGUUCCCCUACCAGUGCAGCAGCGCCUCCUGUCCGGACGGCAUGUACUGCACCGAGGAGGGCGUGGCGUCCUUCUCCUGCAAGGCUGUGUGACGUCACAGUCAAAACGUCAUGCACGCAGCAAACAGCCAAAGGCUGACAGGCGUGUCCGCCAACAAGCUUUCUCCUGAUUCUGAUUUGAUUUAAAAUUGCAGAAA